CUCAAAGGGAGGGAAGCUAGUUACAGUAUUUGUGGACAACAUCCCUGACUCAAUGAAUCCGAAAAGUUUGUUUCAGUUGUUUGCAAAGUUUGGCAUUGUUAAGGAUGUGUUUAUCCCAAAGAAAAGGAGAAAGAUCACUGGUUCGAGGUUUGGCUUCGUUAGGUACGAUUGUUCGGUUGCAGCUGAGAUGGCAGUUCAAAGAGCGGAUGGACUGUGGUGUGAUGAUAAAGCACUGAGGGUUAAAGGGGCUGAGUUCAAGAGGGAAGAUCCUGGAAAAAUCAAACAGUCUGAGGGCACCAACCAGAGGGCUCAAAAUAUGGUUCGGAACAGUCACUGGGCUGAUCACAGAGGAGGUAAGCAGACUAAGCAGGACCUUGGAGGGCCAAAAUCAUAUGCGGAGGUAGUUGGAAAAGGGCUGGCGCAGGGUCGAGAGGAAGUGGUGGUUCACGCUUCAGAAGAGGGUAAUGGGUGGCUGUAUGAAAGCCUGAUAAUCAAGCUGCAUACCUUCUUUUCCUUUACAGCUUUCAAAGAGGAAUGUCAGAAGAGGGGUCUUCAGGAGGUAGUGGUGAGAGCCGGUGAAGGUAGACUUGUAAUCCUAACGUUCCCAUCAGUUAUGGAGAUGAAAAGACAGAAAGAGGUAAUUAAGGAAUGGAUUUUUGACUGGUGUAGUUCAAUGGAGGAGUGGGAUCCGAGAUGUAGUUUUAUCCAAGAACGGUGUGUUUGGCUUAACUGCUCUGGAAUUCCUUUCAAUCUAUGGAGUGUGACUACAUUCAAAAGUAUAGGGGCUGUCUGGGGAGAAGUAGUGCAGGUGCAUGAGGAUACUAUCAAGCAUGUCUCUUUUUGCUGUGGGAAAAUACGAGUCAUCACAAAGUCCAUGGAGCUUAUCAAUAGGACUGUUCGGUUGAGUUGUAAGGGAGUCCUGUACCCAGUAAGGGUUUAUGAAUGUCCUGAGUUUGUGGAGAUGUCAGCGAGCAGUAAGAGCUGCUCUGUUAAUGGAUGGAAGAUGCCCAUAGGCCUUCAGGGUGAGGAGAAGAGGGAUAGAUAUUCCAAUGUUGGAGGGGAUCAGAGAAGCAGCGUAGUGAAGACCAGAGGGAUUGAGGUCAGGGAUGAUGAGGUGGCCUGCAGUGAUGAGGUGGACCAAUGUAGCAAGAGCAUGUUACUAAGAGAUGGAAGCCACGUAGCAGUGCAGCCUAGGGGAGAGAUGAAUGGUGCAGGUUCUGAUAGUCAGGUGCCAGAAACAUGCUUGCUUGUUACCGAGGGGAAGGUGGAGAAACUAAACAAUGGGGUGAGCUGGCUGGCAGGGGAGCAGCUGCAGUUGCAGAUGGAGACUCCAAGAAGAAUGUUUGGGGAAGUAGUGGGUGCAGAGGAUGUUGUGCCUACUGGGUUUGUUAAAAGCCUUAGUGGGUCUGAUGAAAUUGGGCCGAGUAUCAACAUUGAGGUAGUGCUAGAAGGGGCUCAGUUAAGAGGUGAUCAAAGUGGGCCUGCAGCUAUAAACAAUAACAGGGAGGUUGGCAGAGUUCAUAGUGUUGAAGCCCAGCCCAAGCUGAAUCAAAGAAGGGUGCUAGGUGGUCCAAGUAAUGAAGCUGUGCAGCUAACAGUAUACAAACCAGAACCGGUGGAGAGAAAUGGUCGUAUUCGAAAGAGGAUGGGCAGCGCUGGAGGAACCAGAGGAAGGGGGAAAAGGAGAGCUCAAAGCACCCAAACUUCGUUCGUAUCUGGGUUCAAUAGAGGAGCUGUAUUGAGGGCAGCAGCUGCGGCUUUAUCUCAGUCCUUGUCCAAAGAAAGUCAGGAGCGUAGGAGGAGGAAGAAGAGAGUGGAGGAAGCAAACGAAAUCCUGCAGCUUGGUAACCGAUUGGGGAUGAACUGUGAAGGUAAAGAGGCUGAAGUACUUCAGAGAAUAGUAGAGAUGGAGCAACAAGAUGAAGAUCGUUUGGCAAAGGAGAUAGGGGGUGUGUUGGGUCCAGCGUAACCGAUUAAAAGCUUGGGGUUUACUUAGGAGAGUUAAUAGUUAUAAAUGAAGAUCAUGUCCUGGAAUGUCAGAGGGUUGGGUAGGGCAGAUAAACGACGGAGAGUUAGGCAGGUUAUUCAGGAUAGAAAGGUGGAUGUCCUGCUUCUUCAAGAAACAAAAAAAAGUAGUGUGGAUGAGUUGUUUGUUCGCUCAGUUUGGCCUUGGGAGAGGAUGGCGUUUAUGGCGGUUGAUUCUGACGGUAGUGCUGGAGGGCUAUUGAGCAUAUGGAAUACAGAGGUGUUUCAACUAAAGGAGUGUUGCGGUCAUAGAAACUUCCUGCUCUUAUCAGGUGUAACUCUUAAUUCCUUUGAAUGUGUUUUUUUAAAUGUGUAUGGGCCUAAUGAUGUGUCUAAAAGAGCAGAGUUAUGGGCCACAUUUGGUAAUAUUAGAACUAGUUUCCAUAGACCCUGGUGUAUGGGAGGGGAUUUUAAUGUUAUUAGAAAUAUAGAGGAUAGAAGAGGCUGUGCAAGGAGAGACAGAGGAAUGGUAGAAUUUAAUAAUUUCAUUGACCAAAUGGAGUUGGUGGAAAUUCCUUUGUUAGGCAGAAGAUUUACGUGGUGUAACUCCAUGGCGGGAGAGCGGUGGAGUAAGAUUGAUAGGUUUCUGCUAGACGUGGUAUGGUUGGAAAAGUUCAGGUUUCAGAUGUGGGGUCUUCCCAGAGUGGUAUCUGAUCACUGCCCACUUCUGUUGAUGGAAGAUGAGAGGAAUUGGGGGCCUAGACCAUUUAGGUUCCUUAAUGCUUGGACAUUGCACCCAGGUUUCAUUUCAGUUGCUCAAAAAGCGUGGUCGAAGAAUCAAGUUCAAGGCUGGGCUGGUUAUAGACUGCAAAGAAAGUUAGGUGGUUUGAAAGUGGAACUGAAAAAAUGGAACAGUGAAGUGUUUGGUCUGGUAGAAGAACAACUAAAAAAAGCAGAGGAGGAGUUACAUGAACUCGACCUGUUAGCAGAGUCUAGGGAGUUGACAUCCGAUGAGAUUGAAUCCAGAAGGGAGACAAAACAUUUGGUUUGGAAGCUUAGAAAAAGAAAGGACUGGCUAUGGUUCCAAAAGUCUAGGUUGAAAUGGGCCCAACUUGGGGAUAAGAACACAAGGUACUUUCACAUUUGUGCUAGUAAGAGGCAAAGAAGCAAUCUGGUGGACUCACUGGUAGUUAAUGGGGUUAGAAUUGAAGAUCCGGAGCUUGUGCGGCUUGAAGUGGUCAGAUACUUCUCAAAGGCUUUUGCUGAAGAGUGGCCAUCCAGACCCAAGUUGGCUGGACCCUUUGUAUCAAUUAGUAAUGCUCAUAGAGUGGAGGUUCUUGAACCCGAGUUUACAAUGGAAGAAGUCUGGGAAGCAGUGAAAGAAUGUGACGGGAAUAAAGCUCCCGGGCCGGAUGGAUUCAACAUGGCAUGUAUUCAGAAAUGUUGGAAGUUCAUGAAGAAUGACUUGUUUGACUUUAUGAAGGAAUUCUACCAUCAUGGGAAUCUGGUUAGAGGACUAAAUAGUUCCUUCAUCACACUUGUCCCAAAAAAAGAGUGUCCCAAAGGUUUGUCAGACUAUCGACCUAUUAGUCUGGUGGGGGUUGCCUAUAAAAUAUUAUCAAAGGUGCUCUCGCGGAGGUUGAAGAAGGUGUUACCAGAAGUCAUCAGUGA